AUUUAGGGCUAAUUGAUGCGCACAUUGCAAAAUAUUUCUCUUUCAUUUUUUGCUUCAUAUAAAUGGAUUUCACAGCCAGAAGGUUUGUGCUGCCCGAGUGCCACUCAGUGCCACGCUCAAAGUUUACGCUUGACGAGGAUUCCAAACACAAGCCGCACUCAGGCAAGCGCCAGCAUCAAAAUCAGAUUGAAAACCCAGUGUACCAGAACGUCAAGCGGCACGAGCACACAAAGAGCCUUGCAGAACUCACGCACCUCAGCAAGACAUUUUCGGAGCCUGAAGUAUGGCAUGACCGACAAUUGCUUCUGCGCAUAUUCUACCGCAACUGGAACCAGCAUCAGAACUCGAUCUACUUCCGAAGGCUCUACGAGCUGCGCCGUGCGCUGCGCGUGCUGGAGUCGACAAGGAUUCGGGAAAUGUGCACACAGCUGCUCACUGCAUUUUACGACUCGUCUUCGACAGCGUACUCUAAUGCUGCGCAAAGCAAUCAUCAUUAUCAGAUCAAGGUCGCACGCAAAAAGGUUUAUGAGGGAGGUCCUUGGCUGACUCUGCCAUGCCAGCACCAUAUGACUGCUGUAGCUGGUCGUCUGGCGCAGAUUGCCCGGCUGGUGAGCAAGCUGCAGACCAUCUGCUGCAAUGUGUACAUUCAUUUCACAGCUCAGAUGGCCCAGACCUUGUUCAUGCCCCUGGCGUUGGUUGUACAGGGCAUUUCGGCACGCUUGUACAUGCUGUUCGAUACUUGGUUCUGCGACUUGAAGGCCAUCUAUGAGCUAUUGCUGGAGUGGCUGCCCUCGCUGCCAGCGUGCCCUGAUAGUUUGGUUGGAACUGCUACGAGAGAUAUGGCGGCGCUGCUGCUGCAUCCAGAGGAUUUGAGGCUGCCCUCGCCGUUGGCAAAGGAGAAGCCGCAGGUGGUUGUCAUGAUGGCCAAGAGCGCGGAGGAAAAGAGGCCUUCUGCAGACGGACCCAUGGAGUGUGAUGACGACAGUAUGGCUGUAUUGGACGAUGAUGAAUACGAAGGCACAAAUAAAUUUGGCAAGCAGAAGAAGAAGAAUAAGCAGCAUCAGCAGCAGCCAAAGAAGAAGCGUGCGAGAGACCUCAUGUUGGAUCUUUAUGAAUAAUUGUAGUAUAUCAAAAAAUAUAUGUGGAUUUACA